CUUAAUUUUGAAUAAUAAUUCAUCUGAGAAGAAAAAUGUCUCAAACACACUAUAAAUCUCGGCGAAUCGUAUUUAUAUUUGUAAUUGCUGCGAUAUUAAGUUUUAUGUACCACACUUCAUAUACAAUUAACUACAUCAUAAGGAAUGAAAAUGGCGGAAAUUUUAAAAUGAAAAAUGAUUUAUAUAUAAACGAAACUGAAGAUUCUCAGCUGGUAACAAUAAAUAUAGACUGGAACAAGAAAGUUUUACAAAAUACUCUUAGCUGUGUUAAAAAUGUUACCAGGGAAAAUUCCAAAAAUGUAACGAAUAGAGAACUUAAAGACGGGCUUUUAGAUUAUUUUCAAAAUUAUGAAAACGAAAAGAUUGAAUUGUGUCCAAGGGUUCCGCCCCAUCUUGGACCUGUGCCGGGUGAUAAAUCAAUUAUUGUAAACGCAACGACUCCAUACAAGCGCGGUCAAUUGUAUAACAUUGGUUUCGAAGUGGCUCAAACGAAGCGAGCAGAGGGUUGGAUGUGCUUCAUAUUCCAUGACCCUUACUUGGUUCCUGAAGAUACGAGGAACCUGUACCGUUGUGGGAGCCGACCUAAAAGACUGGUGGCUGAUGAACGUAUGCCUCCAAGAUUUGGUGGUGCCAUUUCUAUUCAGCCGGAAAAAUUUACCAAAGCUAACGGAUUUUCAAAUCUUGCUUGGAAUGAUGAUGAUGAUUACAUAGAUAUGUAUCGAAGAUUGAUCGUAGCCAAUAUUUCAUUAGAAUCGAAUAAGGCGCCAAUAGGAAAAUAUUCUUCUUUACCGUAUCUAAAGCAAACAAAUAAUAUAACCGUAAGAAGAAAGCAAACAACACCAAGUCUAAAAAAAUUAAACGAAGGACUAAACGACAUUAAAUUAACAAUAAUGUCCAUAGAGUAUCACCAACUUUAUACAUUGGUAACAAUUGUUGAAUAAACAAUAUGUGAAAAUAAUUGUUUUACUUAGAAAUAGCACUUUUAA